AUGACUGCAUUGAAAGAAGACCUCCUCCGAGUAUUUCGUGACCAUAGACGAAGGCAAACUGUCGAUAACAUGACAGAUAUGGAGCGCAAAGGUCUCAAGAAGGCUAUUACUCUGAAGAAAACGUUGAGAUUUUCAGUCGGAGACAAAUGUGGUGGUUUCGUUGUGAUGUCCCGUGAACGAGACUUACAUCUGAGUGAGCAAGUUUUGUCAGAUGCAACAACUUACGAAGUGGUGUCUGUCGAACGGUACAAACGAGAGCGUCAAAAACUUGAGGAAGUGAUCAGAAGGAUUCUCGGUCCGAAACUUGAAAGAAGUACAGUAGAGCAAUUGCUACCGAAGUACGCAAGCGUACCAACUUACUAUCAACUGGUGAAGACCCAUAAGUUGGUAAAGAAGCGAAUGGCGAAGUUGUGGACACUAACUCCAUUAAGACCAGACCAAUAG